AUGGCUCUCACCGGUGAUGGGGGUGAUAAAGGGGUCGCCGUUGAGGCUUCCACCCACCCGAAGUCCCAGGCUGAGAGCACGAUUGCGCCUGUGCAGGGGGCGGGGCAGUUGGUAAUGCGGCAGGCGAUGGCGGAGGGGGCAAGCAAUUGGGAAGCGACGGAGAAGAAGGAAGCGUAUGGCGGUCCUGAAGACCAGAUCGAUGGUGAGGUGGACAUGGACGAUGUAGCGUUCAUCGAGCUUGAACCAGAGGAGGAAGAUCCGGCUGCUGAAUCGCAGUGGAAGAUGCUGGGCCGCUACUAUGCCCAGCGAAUCCCUAAUGCCGAUCAGCUUUUUGAGAGGAUGAACGUGGUAUGGCAACUCCGCACUGGCAUGACAUACGUGCCACUCAAGGACAACUUCUUCAUCAUCACCUUCUACUCGAAGGGCGACUUCAACUUCGUGUCUCGUGGCGGUCCCUGGAUCUUUAAGGGCUACCCUCUGCUGGUGGCGCCCUUCAUCGGAGCUGCACGCCCAUCCGAGACGAUCCUGAACUCGGUUCCCGUUUGGACUAGAAUCUAUGAUGUCCAGUGGAACAAGCAAACUCAGGCGAUGGGGCGCGCGCUUGGAGGGACGCUGGGGAAGGGGCUGGAGGUGGACAUUGAUGAAGCACGUCAGGGCCUUAACGAAUAUCUUCGUGUCCGUGUGGAGCUGCCCCUGAAUAGGCGACUCCAAACGAAGAUCACGACUCGGGUGAAGGGCAAGGACGAUCUGGAGACCUAUGAACUGAAGUAUGAACGGGUCCCAUAUUUUUGUUUCAAGUGUGGUUUCAUUGGGCAUGAGAAGGAGGGAGUGCGAGAAGGUGAUACAGGGGUCGGCCAAAUCAGAGUACAGUACGGCGUUGCGCAUAUCGCCACGCCGGAAAUUUGA